AUGGGGGAUUUAAAUUACUUUCUUGGACUUCAAAUCAAGAAACUCAAGGAAGGAACAUUUGUGUGUCAAGCAAAAUAUUGUCACGAGUUUCUUAAACGCUUCAGAAUGGCAGUUUCAAAGUCUAUUGACACUCCAAUGCCCAUAAAUGGAAACUUGGAUAGAGAUGAAAAUGGUAAGGAUGCUAGUGUCAAAAUAUGUAGAGGUAUGAUCAAAUCUUUUCUAUACCUUCCUACAUCUAGGCCUGAUAUAAUGUUUAGUGUGUGCAUGUGUGCUCGGUAUCAAUCCGCUCCCAAGGAAUCACAUUUAAAAGUAGUAAAGCGCAUCCUUAGAUACCUUAAUGGUACAUCUAAGUAUGGAAUUUGGUUUUCUAAAGGGAGUGAUUAUAGUUUGGUUGGUUACUCUGAUUUUGAUUUUGCCGGUUGCAACUUAUAUAGGAAAAGUACCAGUGAAACUUGCCAUUUAUUUUCAAACUCCCUAGUUAGUUGGCAUAGCAAGAAGAAAGUCUCAAUUUCUUUGUCAAUUGCCGAGGUGGAAUAUGUUGCAGCCGAUAGUUGUUGUGCUCAAAUUCUCUGGCUUAAAUAA